GGCGGGACUGCAGGUAUUCUUACUCUUCUUUGCAUGGUUUAAUGCAUGAUUCACUGUAUAUGUGCCCACGAGACUUGACUGACUUGCAGCUUCAUUGUUUUGCUGCGAGGGCCCGCCGGCGAUACCGUAUACCCCUUCAGACCAUCAUUCUUGGUGCCGGUGGAAGAACAUCUUGAAUCGAAGGGGAAAAUUUCACCCGUAUCAGACGUUGGAAUCACCAAAUUGCGCCGCUUGAAAUGGCAGGGUAUCUGAAUGAGACCCAGACGCCUUGUCCUUCGCGGCAUUCAGCUUCGAAGCUCAGUCUGGGAAGCGGAUUCGGAAGGAACAGCCCGAUGGGUUUUGAUGACACUGCAUCCAUUGAUUUCACGACCGACAUACGAGCACAGGUCUUGACAGGCGUAAAACCAAGACGAAGGAACCGAACGGCGUCGAAUUUUCAAAUUCUCGAGGAUGCCCGAUGUCCAGCUGUCAUGCACGAAACAGACAAUGGACAAGCUGCAUCCAAACCAGCCCGUCAAACGUCGUUGCUUACCCAGCCUGCGCAGCGUUUUCGUCCAAAAGUCAGGUUUGAUGCCGCUAGUCACCCGUCCAAACCUUCACAAGACCAGAGCAACGUUAGAUCAACUGUGAAGCAGAAUGUCAUCUCCGAUCAGGGGGAGAAUAAUGCGCUCCUUAUGGAAAUAAACGGCAAGAAGCAAAGGAAUUCUCAGAAAGAUGGUUUUACACGCAAUGUGCGCCGUGAUACGGUGUAUAUCCCCUCGGACGAUACCACUGUUGCCAGUGUCUUUAUGGGACUGUUCAGUCCACUCAAGUCCAAUAAAUCCGAUAGCCUCAACUACUGCAUUCCAGACGAUACGCAGAUCCACAGUCUAGAAGCCCGAAUUAUCCAAAAAAGACAGGCAAGGAAAUCUAUGGCAACCUCUCCGAGAAGAGCACCAUUACAACCAAGCACCCGGCAUACGCAGGAAGCGUCCAUCCAGACCGACAUCGCCGGGAAAAACGGGGGAAAGGAGAAUGUUCCACCCGGAUCUGUCACUCUCGAUAUGAAAAGAAAGCUUUACAGGCCAGCGCUCCCGAUCGAUGUGCCACUGGAUAGCGCUCCUAAACCAACCAAUACUACCAAGAUAUUCAGCUCAACCAACAUGCAAAGCUCCAAGCCCCAUAGCUCUCUUAUUGAGCAGGAGGUCUCCAAAGCCAGGGAAAGCAGCAAAUUCAUUCCUAUGCGAGAGCCACUUGGCAGCAAAUCAUCAAAUACAUCAUCUACAAUCAAUAAACUCGGACGAAAAGACAUUAAAUCCUCUCAAGUGAAAUUAACAUUGAGGGAUGGAGAUGCAUUGAAGCCGCAGAGCACACAACCUGCUGGAAAGGCCACUGGAGUCAAGGAAAACGCACCUUUCAAGCCUAUCCUAUCAGAAAUGAAACAGAAAGGCAUAAACAUGAGUUAUCCAUUACUGUUGGAAAAUAUCUCGACCACCGAAAUGUACGAGGAGAAUUGGCUUUCACAUCAGGAAAUUGCCAUUACUCAGAUAGUUAAUGAACUCUUUCAGCACUCUAACGGUGCUGAAGAAAGUUACGACUCUGAAAUCAUUCGGCAAGAGCUUUUUGGGAUUUAUCAGACUGAUGCCUUCAAGCUUCUGCACAAACGACUUCAUGCGUCCUUGCUAUAUGGGUCCCUGGCUGUUCCCAAGGAUCUGUCUUCUCGGGCCAACAGACUGAAGCAGGAUGUGGGCGUGAGACGGAAGUUCUUGGAUCUUUGGAUGGACACUUAUGAUCUUUCAACUCUAAACGCUGCAGCAGAGACUGUGAUCGGUCGAAAGGCUGCUGAUGACAUGGAAUCCUCCAUUCACAACACCAAAUCAGUGGACAGCGUGGAGAGGAAAGCUAGAGAUCAGCGGAAACGUUUGGAGCGGUUUUUGGAUACGUUCCUGCUACGCAAUGACGACCUUGACACGGAAAACGAUGUUUAUAAAGAAGAUGCUAGAUUGGCAUAUUGUCGAACACUUCACCGAAGCAUCAUGACUGUCGUUCUCUUGGACCACGCAAGACUGUCCCCCAGGGCAAAAAUUCCCACUCGCCUUUUCCUCCCCACGUCCUCGUUCAAAUCCUCCAAAUCUGUGCUCAAAGCUUUGUGCCGUUUGCUUCUACCCUCCUGCGGAGAUAUCAUUAAGUCACUUGGACAUUUGGAUUGCCAUGUCUUGUACGAGCAGCAUCAGCUUGAAGAGUAUGAAUAUCGGAUUGACAACCUGGCCGUGGACCUGAGAGAUGGCGUUCGCCUAAGCAGGCUAGUCGAACUGCUGUACGGUAUGACAUAUGAUCCAGCAGCUUCGGUAAACGUCACUCUUCCUUCUGGGAGGGUCCUCCGGCUAUCUGGAGAUGGGAAUCAAUGGUCGUUGUCGCAGCACUUGAAAAUACCUGCCAUCAGUCGUGCAACAAAGAUCUUCAACGUUCAGGUUGCUUUGAGUGCAUUGGCGGCCAUAGGAGGCGGUGCAUCUCAGGCCAUCGUGGCUAACCUUUGCGCGGAGGACAUUGUCAAUGGGUAUCGAGAAAAGACCAUUGCACUCCUCUGGGGACUGUUGAGCCACUGGGGACUUUCUGGGCUCAUCAACUGGGAUGAUCUGAGAAAGGAGAUCGACAGACUAAAACGCAAAGGCAGCUACCCCAUGGAAGAGGAUACGGCUCGAACUAAUGACCGACCAUUCGAAGAAUACAAAUCACUUCUCAAGCAGUGGGCAUCUACUAUAGCCGGGGCAAACGGGACCAAAAUCGACAACUUCACGGCAUCCUUGGCAGAUGGAAAAAUCUACCAGUUCAUCAUCGAUGAAUACGAAGGCUAUAUUAUUGGAGGCUCACAGGGCAAAGAAACGGGCGCGCUUCGAGGACCUACGGCCAAGUCGCUACAUUUGCGGCUUCGUGCUUUAGGUUGCAGCUCACAAUUUGCGUGUCUGGUGUCUCCUUCGAAGUCAGGCCCUGGCCACAUCUUUGACGAGGAAUUUACCGUCGCGUCCCUCGCAUUCCUAUGUUCGCGGCUUCUCCCGGCGUCAAAGCGUGCGCGUGCUGCCACAGUGCUGCAGUCCGCCUGGAGAUCUAUCCUUGCCCGUCGGGAUGCCGACCGACGUGCCGUCGCAAGAGAGGUGGCCAGACAGUGCGCCACGGUGGUGCAGACUCGGGACCGAAUCCUCUGGGCCAAGGAUGUGAUCUUGAGGUGGUGGAGGGAUUGCCGGGUUCGGCGUCGCCGGCUUGCAGCUACGCAACGACAGAGUGUGGGAGGAUCAAGGGGGGGAAGAAGAGUGGGAAGACAGCGCGGCAACUGAUACGGCUGCGAGUACAGAGCUAAUGUUCGGUCGAUGUCCGUAUCAAUGGAUGUUUGUAUGUUAUGAAUAGCCUUCAGCUACGAAUUAUGACAGUAGUUCCAGUAUCGACAUCAGGUCAAAAUGACUAGUUAGUUCUACGGA